AGUUAAUCCAUCUUCUCAAACUCGUUGAUUCAUCAGAUCUGGCUCUUGCGUUUCACUAUUCGAAUACAGAGCUCUAUUCCAAUUACCGUAGAGCUAAGCGCCAUCACAACCAUGGGCCAGUCCGCAACCCUUGUGCAGCGAUAUAGCGCCCUACCAGAUGGCUGCAUCCGGCUUCUGUCCAUUCAGCCAUCCGCUGAUCGCGACGCCCAACUUGAGUGCCAUCUUUUACCGGUACGAAUCAACGAGCGACCCUAUGAGGCCCUCUCCUACGUCUGGGGUCAGGAAGAUGCCUCCCACGGCAUUCUCGUCGACGCAGAACAAGUGCUGGUGCGAACCAAUCUCUACGGCGCCCUCAAAGAGCUCCGCCUCACGGAUCAGCCGCGGACGCUCUGGGUCGAUUCCAUCUGUAUCAACCAGUCGGACAUCGCCGAGCGAAAUCACCAGGUGAGGCAAAUGGGAGCCAUUUACUCCUCUGCGACAGAGGUUGUCGUCUGGCUGGGCGAAGGGGAUGACGACACUAACGUGGCACUCGACUUCAUCCAAGGCAUGUCAAAACUCGACCCCGAUAUGGCAAAGCUGAUCGUUGAGAACAACGGUCUGACGUGGGAGCGACGCAAGCUUGUGUUCCAAGCGUUGGGAAUGAGGCAUGGGUUGGACAAUUAUGACGCCGUCGCUGGAGGCCUGGUCAAGCUGAUGAAUAAUGUCUGGUGGACGAGGGUCUGGACAGUCCAAGAGAUUGUGCUGGCCAAAUCGGCAACCCUGAGAUGCGGUGCGAAAUUCGCCUCGUGGAGUCAUCUCAGCAAAUUGGCCGCGUUUGCCCUCGAGGUCUCUCACUACAACACCUUGAGCUGGGGACGGCCUAUGGACGAGGCCGUGUUUGAUGAGAUGACAGCCCGGGUGUCGAAGCUAUACGCCGCCGCCAGCGGUCUCGAUGACCUCUCAUACAGAGUGGCCUACGACGUAGACAUACAUCUCGAGAAAAUGGCCUGGUCGCAGUUGCUCACUCGACAGGCAACGGACCCUCGAGAUGUGAUAUACGCUCUUCUGGGACUGUCGAUGGAGAAAACGACCAUCGAGAUUGACUACGGUAAGACUAAGAAGCACGUCUACAAGAGCGCCAUGAAAGCCAUGCUCGAGCGGUAUGGUAACGCGCAUCCGCUCCACCUCCUGCAGGACUGCGACCAGCAGCGAGAUGCCACUCUCCCCUCGUGGGUUCCAGACUUUGGUAUCCUGCACUCUUUCAAGACCAUCAACCUGGCUACAAGCGGCAUUGGAAUGUCCUUGGUUCUCGGGUCUUUGUACAAUGCGUUGUUCGGCGAUGCUGGCUGGGCCCGGCCGAAGUUCUCCGACGACGACGACGUCUUGCUGAUGGAAGGAGCGUCAGUGGACGAGGUCAAACAGCUAGGUGACGUCUGUCCCCGUUUUCCCGAUGGAUGGAAACGGCGGGAAGCUCAGCUUCAAGCCGUCUUCGACGGAUGGCGCAGGCUCGUCUUGAACGGGGACGACGAGUACGCCGGAGGCCAAGGUUCCGUUCUCGAGGCGUUUUGGAGAACCGUGACUUUUGAUCUCCUGCUGACCGAUCGAGACUAUCUGGCCGGAGCCCCAGACCGGAGAGACAAGAGACUCCCACGAGGAGCUGCCGGAAUGCCUCCCACAACCGCAGAGGAGGAAGCCGAAGUGCGGGCAGGCAUCGUCGACGCCCCUCCUCCCAAGACGGUUCUUGAGAAACUUGGCGACAGACGCUUCUUCAUCACGAAAACGGGCCAUUUCGGGCUGGGGCCAGCCGCUACGCAAGCUGGCGACGUAGUCUGUGUCCUGCGAGGCGCUUUCUUCCCUACCGUGGUCCGGCCAACAACAAACAAUCGUUACACUAUGGUUGGAGAAUGUUUUGUACAUGGAAUCAUGGAUGGCGAAAUGGUCGAUUCUGUCAACAAGGGAAGGUCCUCAUGGCAACCUUUCUCUUUCAUUUAAAGAACACCACCAUCAGCGGCGCCUGCGUCAUUGGAAAGUUCAUAGAUGCCGUAAACGAGCCCUUUUCAGCCAGAAGAAGAAGGCUUCCAACAGGGGAAUUAGUUGCAGGGUUUACAAGCUUGCAGAGAACCAAGGAGCAGAGGGGACAGAUAGGCUAGGGAGCAAGAGAUGCUAGAUAACGACAGUAACAAGCCCAGCUAAGCACAUGCACCAGUUGAA